UCGAGCAAAACACUUGUGGAUCAUUUCAUUUUCUUGAAGAAGUCUUUGAUUGUGCAGACUGAGAGGAUGUGGAGGAGACGGGCUCAGAUUCUGGGCCUGCUGCUCUGCACUCUGGGCUUGGGUUUGGUGGUGAGCACACUGGCAAUGGACCACUGGAGAUCAGCUCAACUGGAAGGUGAAGUGGGUAAAUCCUCCGUGGUAGUGACGGCAUGGUACUGGUCAGACCUGUGGAGGGACUGCUAUGAAGACUCUAGCGCUCUGGUGAACUGUGUAGACUUGGGGGUGAUGUGGACGGUCAAAUCAUACAUCCAGGCAGUCAGAGGUCUCCUCAUGAUCGGCAUCUCCCUCGGCCUCUUUGGCACCGUGCUCGUGUUUUUCGGCCUGGAGUGCACACGCAUUGGUGGAGAGCAGAGAAGUAAGGACAGGCUGUUAAUGACGGCAUCUGCUUUCCAACUUCUCGGCUGUGUGUCAGACCUGGCGGCUUAUUGUUUGUACAUAAACAGAGUGGUUGUGGCAUAUUUACACAGCAAAGCAGAUCCGUCAAAAAUGAGUGUAACUGUUCUCCUCAGCUAUGAAAUUGGACCACCACUAUAUCUGGGUCUGGUGGCGACUUUCCUUAUUUUCCUUGGCUGUAUUACUCACUGUGCAACAGUUUACAGAAGAGAACACCCACAAAGCAGACGUCCAAUGUUUCCUGUAGAAGAACAAGAGUUUCGAGGAAGAAAACACAUACAUGGCCACAAAAACAGGUCCAGUGUUUCCCAGAGUGCACCUGCCUACAAGAUGACUUCUGUUGUGAUUGUGUGAUACAAAAGGUUGAUUUGAUUAAACAUGAUUUUGUUUGGAACUUCUCAUUUUUGGUGGCUCAUCUUAUGCACUUGAACCUCCACUAUUGUACCAGAUGAUUGCGCACAAAAACAGACAAUCAAGACAUCAACAAUAAAAACUAGCUCCU